UCCUUCCCCUGUGCUGGGGUCAAGUCCGGGGAAGCGUGAAUUUGACCUUUCUUCUCAAAGGUCACCUCUGCAAGGACGAGUGGAGCCUCUCUAGGGACCGUCUGGGUGGCUUUGGAGCCCCGCGCUCCUGGCUUGGGAUGGAGGGAGAGAGACAGAGACAAAGGAAGGAAGGGGGAAAGUGACGAGUUUGUACAAAAUCAGGUGUACGAGGCAGCACUUUAUUUUCACUUUAAUUUCUUUUUAAUGGGAUGAUUUAGCCGCUCCUUUCUCUUCCAGCAGGUCUGGGGCGCGGAGGGGCGCAGAGCGCCGCUCCCAGGGCGGAGGGCUGGCGGGCGGGAGCGCCGUCGGGCCCGGGAAGCUUUGAUAAGCAAAUGCCGGGGCGCUCUCUAUUGGCUGCUCCUUCACCGCCAGAUUUUGACACAAAUAAUCAGAUUGAAAAUCAAGGAGGGGAACAGAAGAGGGAAAAAAAAAAAAAAAACAGAGAGAGAGAGUGAGAGAGGGAAAGGGAAAAAAAAAAGGAGAAGUAUCUAUUGGAGCAGAGUCCGAGGUUGACAGAGUGGAGCCGGUCCCCAGAGAGGCUGAGUGAGGUUCCCACCAAGACCCGCCACCGAUCCGGACGCCAGGUGUGGGGUGUGCGCUCACAAUGCCACGCUCCUUCCUGGUAAAGAGCAAGAAAGCUCACACCUACCACCAGCCCCGCCUCCAGGAAGAUGAACCCAUCUGGCCUCCUGCCUUUAGCCCUGGGGCCAGGGACCAGGUCCUGAGCAACGAUCCCGUCCUCAGCACCCUGUUCCCGAACCAGCGCCUGGCCUGGACUGACCUCAAACGGGAAACAGAGCUGGAACUGGACCAGAGCCUGACCAGGACGGCCUUGGUGCCAGAGGGCCCCGCUGUGAUGCCCCGAUCCCAGGACAGGGACUCCGACUCACCCCCGUUCUACAAGCCCAGCUUCUCCUGGGAUGCCCUGGCCUCCUCCUAUGGCCACAGCUACCGGCAGGCCCCCUCCACCAUGCAGUCUGCCUUCCUGGAGCGCUCCGUCAGCCUGUAUGGGAGCCCUCUGGUGCCCAGCACUGAGCCGCCCUUGGACUUCAGCCUCCGCUGCUCCCCGGGCAUGGACGCGUACCACUGUAUCAAGUGCAACAAGGUGUUCUCCACCCCACACGGGCUCGAAGUGCACGUCCGACGCUCCCACAGCGGGACCCGGCCCUUCGCCUGUGACAUCUGUGGCAAAACGUUCGGCCACGCCGUGAGCCUGGAGCAACACACGCACGUCCACUCCCAGGGGAUCCCGGCAGGGCCCGGUCCUGCACCCAGCGUGGCAGUCCCGGGUCUCGAGGCCCCGCCUGCGCCUGACCCCCCGGGGCCUCGUUUCCUCCGGCAGGAGCGCAGCUUCGAGUGCCGGAUGUGCGGCAAAGCCUUCAAGCGCUCAUCCACCCUGUCCACGCACCUGCUCAUCCACUCGGACACGCGGCCCUACCCCUGCCAGUUCUGCGGGAAGCGUUUCCACCAGAAGUCGGACAUGAAGAAGCACACCUACAUCCACACCGGUGAGAAGCCACACAAGUGCCAGGUGUGCGGGAAGGCCUUCAGCCAGAGCUCCAACCUCAUCACCCACAGCCGGAAGCACACUGGCUUCAAGCCCUUCAGCUGUGAGCUGUGCACCAAAGGCUUUCAGCGCAAGGUAGACCUGCGGCGGCACCGGGAAAGCCAGCACAAUCUCAAGUGAGGCUGCACCCGCCCCCGGCUCCGGGCCAGCCCGCCCUGAGGUCCCGAGACCCAGAGGGAGGCCGGCCUCGUGCACCCACCCCCCCCACCCCCCCCCCACCCCCAGUCCCCUGGAGUCAGCACCGGACGGGAAUCUUGCAGCCUGUUUUGAGACUCACGAAAUUGCUGUGUGACCUCGAGCAAGUGGCUUUCCCUCUCUGGACCGACAUGUUCCUGCGGCAAAGGGUGGGGACUGGGUCGGGUCUUUUCUGAGCUGAAGUUGUCUAGAGAUCUAAGAGCUUGGGCGCCUUCCCCAGGGCAGAGCCCAGAAGGCCAGCGUAGCCCGCUGUGGACAGGGGGAGGCCGAGAAUAGACCGGAACUGGGAUCCACAGAGAAAUCUUCCCCCCGCCCGCUGCCCUUCGUGCUGAGAUCUGGUUUUCAGCGGGCCUCUUUCUGGCUGCCACGGAUGGCCAGAGCCUUCUCCUGCCCCAGAGGGAGGCCUGACACCCCUCUGCCUCAGGCAGUGCUGCUGGCACUCAGCUGGCCAUGGGGGUUCCAGUUCUGCUUUGAGGCCAUGGGGCUGGAGAAAACAGCAGUUACCGCCAUCAAAAGCCUGUCCCUCUCAACUGCUGUAAAUCCAAAUAAAGACACAGGUUUAUUUACAUUUGA